AUGUUUAUAAAUCACGCAUAUACAAGCAGCUGAUUUAAAACUAAAAAAUCAGUACAAAGAGCAUUAAUAGCAGUCAUCUCAGUUUCAGCAAUUUUUAUAUUCCUCGUGUACAGCUAUUCUUCAGACCCAGUCGCUCUUCCUUCAACUACAUCUCUAUAUCGCCCUCCUAUGCCUUAUAACCCUCCCCAAUAUCAACCUGAAUCUACUCCAAAGCAAACCCCUCCUAUAAAUUCAUUCCGAAACCCUUCUAAAAUCGAAGAUAGAGUUGAAGAUGAAGAAAUUGAUCAGCCAGCUAUAAAAUCAUUGGCAGCUGUAUAUGAAGAUGCACCAGUAUAUCCUUGGGAGCUAUCUAUUCCAUGGGACGAUUAUUUAGCAUCAGGAAACUUCACAGGAACUUUUGAAAAUUUCAACAAAAAUUCAAGCUACUGCAAAUCAAUUUAAUUAAAUGCAUUAUUUGUUUAACAUUCGCUAACAAGCUGCACGUUGCUGCCUCCAAACCGCUCUGAGGCGAAAUUCGCGCUAUCUUCCCCCGGCCCGCCAAAGUGCGGCCACCUUGACUUCAUUACACGACGAGGACGCCAGUCUUGAAAUUUGGGCUUCGAUGACUCUUCUUUGAGCUCAGGCCACCUACUAGGUUUGUCUGGUACCCUAAAGGUUUCAGUCUCCAGUCCUUGGGCAAGUGGCACCCUUCUGGAAAAAUUCGAUUCCCUAAGGUUAGAAGUCCGGUAGGAAAAACCACCCUGCUCUUGCUUCCUUGACAUAGCUAGGAUAAUUUGACCAGGGAAAUCAAACCUUACAAUUAAAAUAUGCAAGAGAUGAUACCAAUAAAUUCGAGCGACGCCAUAUUUUAAUUAUCAAGCUACUGCAAAUCAGUAGAAGAGUUUCGUAAAAAAAAUAAGCCAUUUUUAGAUGCAAGAGGAGUCCCUAUGAAGUCCUCAAGAGUCGCUUUUUCUGACUUCUGGGCGAACUCAUUUGUGAAGAAAGUGAUGAAAAAUAUUACAACUUGCGUUCACUUGGAGCAUUAUAGCCAUGUAAAAGAAACGCCGAAAAAGGAUAAUUUUAGGGCUGAUAUUGACUUAUUUUUACUUGUAGACCCGCUGUGGCAUAGACAAAUGAAAAUAGGAAGCCAGUUUUUCUGUCCUCAGCAGAUGUAUAAUCAUAUACCUGGAAAUAUUAAUAUGAAUUUUAAAGAUACUGCAGCUUUGACCUUCAGAGAAUACGGAAAUUUAUAUAAAGGCAGAGAAAAAUGUUUUAAUCCAUGGGAAAUCAUGCCAUACACCCUUGUUUUAAAUGAUAAAGACCAAUGUGAUGAGUUUUUAUAUAGCCUGAAAAACGAUAAAAACCCAAAAGAAAUAAAAUGGAUUCACAAAAAGUCCAGAUUUUCCCACAAUGGAAAAGGGCUUACAGUUAUUGACAGUAAUGGAUCAAAAAAGAUGAUAAAUAAAUACACAACCCAAGGCUGCCCUGACAAAGAGUCUUAUCUUGCCCAAAAAUACAUCAAAAACCCCUUUUUGCUUACUCCCCCCUCGAAGUUCGACCAAGAUAUAGGGAAAAAUUCCUAUUUUUUUGGAAAAUUAACCCCCUCAAAGUUCGACCAAGACCUAUAUAAAUUUACUAGGAAAAUAUUAUUUUUCGAUCUUAUGAAUUAGUUCAAAAGACCAAUUGUUUUAAAAGGCAGUAGAUUAAUUAAGGAGAGAGUUAGCUGAAUUUUCAAUUCUGAAAUUAGAGCUCGAAAACUUGACCCCUUCACCACUAUAAAAUUUUUUCUCAUGUGUUUUUAAAUUUUUAAUUUAAAAUUAAUUUUUUAAGAGUUUUUUUAAAUAAUUAACUCUUUAAGCAUGGAUUGGUGGCGAAGAAACUUGGGGUGAUCAAUUCCAUAAGAUCCUGUCAAUUGAAAGCCAGUUAUGAUAAUAUCUGGAUGCAAUUCCUCCCAAGCCUUUGAGGCCAAGUUUAUCAUUUGCUGUCUAUCAAGAGCCUUGAUGUUUCCGCUUCUUUGUGAUCUUCUUUCAACUUGCUCGGUUUCGUACUCAACCCUAAACUGAGUUGUCUUUCUCUUAAAGUUGGCUAUGGCUAUGGCAUCAAGUGGCUGGACAUGCUUUGUGCAUCCUCCUGGGAUAAUGAUGCUUUGAGCUUGCAAGUCAGAUAGCGCUUGAACAAUUCUAUCAGUUUUAUGACUAGUUGCUUGGUCCAUUAUGAUGAGCUGCCUUUCCUUUGUCAGCACUGUUCUUAGAUAGUCGCUGAUCAUAUCAUCAGUGAUAUAGCCAGUCCUGUUAGCCUUGACAACGAUGUUGUUAGGGAUAGUUAAGUGCUCAUAUACACGAAAUGGAAUCUUGCCAGUUUUCUCUUGAAAGAUCAACAACGCAGGAAACUUUUUACCAUCUGCUCUGAUCAAAAGCAUCACAGUGAUUGAGUGUUUGGCUUUAGCUGAUUGGAUACCCACAACUCUUUGAGCACCUUUGAAAUCAUAGGUAUGCUUGCUACAGACAUCCCAGUCGAAUCUGGUUUCAUCGAAAUUAUAAAUAGUAGAGGAAGGAUAAAUGUCGAGAAGAGGCAUCAGCUCGUCCAGAUAGUCUCUAAGAAGUUCUGCUUCUCGUUCUAGGGGCUUAAGACUGGAUGCGUUGACCUUACGGUAGGCCAGAUUAUUUCUUGUCUUGAAUCCUUCCCAUCUUCCUUGACCGCAUUGGAAUCGCGGCAAGCUCAAUUCUCUCGCCAAUUCUCUGGCCAAUUCUCUGGCUUUCUUUUCGAUAGUCACUCUUAAGACAGUAUGACCCUGCUGUCUCACAGCAAUCAACCAAUGAAUCAGCUCUUUCUCUAGAAUUGGAAAUUGCGUAAAAGGCUCUACCUUUACCCUUUUAGCGGCUGGCUCUGAUUCCCGAAGCUUGUCAAUGUUUUUGAUUCAAUCAACUAGAAAGGCAUGAGAGUUCAGAUGGAAUUUCUCUGCAACCUCUCUCAUAGUAACCCCCUGGUCCUUGUGGCUAAAGUAAUAGUCGACGAUUUCAAUUUUGGCAGAGUUCGUUGUAAAUUUGCGCUUCAGCUCCAUCAAAACUUUUAUUAAAAAUGGCUUUUUUGACAUUUAAGCAAUUUUUCAAACAUUUUAAACUAUGUGGGGGUGAGCUUGCGAUUUUUGUAUUCAAGUUCUAAAAAAGCGUUAAAAAAACCAUCUUGCACUAUUUUUUCUAACCCUUACACCCUCUCAACCAUACAGAAGAAUAUGAUAAAUUUUUUUUUUUUUAAAAAAAUUUUUCUUAACCCCCCUCGAAGUUCGACCAAAAAAAUCUUGGUCGAACUUCGAGGGGGGAGUUAAAGGAAAAAAAUUUGAUUUCCGAGCUUAUAUGUUCAUUGCUAGUCUAGACCCUUUGAUUAUUCUUUAUCAUGACGGGUUUUUACGUAUUUCUCCUGUAAGAUACGACGCUGACACUACAGACCCAGAAGCCUAUUUAACAAAUACCCACAUUUCAGAGGACUUUUUAAAGUCAAAAAACAUCACCCGUGAUGAAUACCAAUCAAUGAUGGAAGACCAAGGGUGGAGCUAUCAAAGAUUUGAGGAAUUUAUGAUAUCGGAAGGAUAUGUGCAGCCUGGCUGGAUGGACUCCUAUGUGAGGACUCAUAUUAAAAAAGUUAUGUUUCAUGUGGUAAGGAUGAACUUGCAUAAAUUUGUAAGGCAUCCUCAUGCUUGGGAAGUGUGUGGGCUUGAUUUUCUGCUAGAUGAGGAUAUGAAAUUGUGGUAUUUGGAGCUGAAUUUGUCGCCUUCAAUUGCUGAUACGAGCGAUGAUAAAGAGAAGGUGAAUUUGAAAUUUUUAGUGGAUCAGGUGGAUUUGUCGUAUGCUUUGAUGUAUAGAGGAAAAUUUGAUGAAAUUUUGGAAAAAACGAAUUUCCAGUGGAUUUUUGAUGGUAGAAAACAGGGGCUAGAAAGAUAUCAUGACGUAAUAGCGGAAGAAUGCGUUUAG